AUGGGGUCAGUUGUUGUUCACAGACACUGGUUUUUCUGCUCUCCACGGUGUCCUUCCGGGGGGGGGGUCUUCUGGGGGGGGGCUUCUCGGGGGGGGGGCUUCUUGUGGGGGGGUUCUUCUGGGGGGGGGGGUUGGUCUCGCAGGGGGGGGGUCUUCUCGGGGGGGGGUUCUUCUGGGGGGGGGGGGGUCUUCUCGGGGGGGGGCUGUCUUCUCGGGGGUCCCCUCUCCUGCAUCUCCUCUGCUGCCCUGGUUGUUACCUCCAGUCCCCUCUCCUGCAUCUCCUCUGCUGCCCUGGUUGUUACCUCCAGUCCCCUCUCCUGCAUCUCCUCUGCUGCCCUGGUUGUUACCUCCAGUCCUCUCUCCUGCAUCUCCUCUGCUGCCCUGGUUGUUACCUCCAGUCCCCUCUCCUGCAUCUCCUCUGCUGCUCUGGUUGUUACCUCCAGUCCCCUCUCCUGCAUCUCUUCUGCUGCUCUGGUUGUUACCUCCAGUCCCCUCUCCUGCAUCUCCUCUGCUGCUCUGGUUGUUACCUCCAGUCCCCUCUCCUGCAUCUCUUCUGCUGCUCUGGUUGUUACCUCCAGUCCCCUCUCCUGCAUCUCUUCUGCUGCCCUGGUUGUUACCUCCAGUCCCCUCUCCUGCAUCUCCUCUGCCCUGGUUGUUACCUCCAGUCCUCUCUCCUGCAUCUCUUCUGCUGCCCUGGUUGUUACCUCCAGUCCCCUCUCCUGCAUCUCCUCUGCUGCUCUGGUUGUUACCUCCAGUCCCCUCUCCUGCAUCUCUUCUGCUGCCCUGGUUGUUACCUCCAGUCCCCUCUCCUGCAUCUCUUCUGCUGCUCUGGUUGUUACCUCCAGUCCCCUCUCCUGCAUCUCUUCUGCUGCCCUGGUUGUUACCUCCAGUCCCCUCUCCUGCAUCUCCUCUGCUGCUCUGGUUGUUACCUCCAGUCCUCUCUCCUGCAUCUCUUCUGCUGCCCUGGUUGUUACCUCCAGUCCCCUCUCCUGCAUCUCCUCUGCUGCCCUGGUUGUUACCUCCAGUCCUCUCUCCUGCAUCUCUUCUGCUGCCCUGGUUGUUACCUCCAGUCCCCUCUCCUGCAUCUCCUCUGCUGCCCUGGUUGUUACCUCCAGUCCCCUCUCCUGCAUCUCCUCUGCCCUGGUUGUUACCUCCAGUCCCCUCUCCUGCAUCUCUUCUGCUGCCCUGGUUGUUACCUCCAGUCCCCUCUCCUGCAUCUCCUCUGCUGCCCUGGUGGUUACCUCCAGUCCCCUCUCCUGCAUCUCUUCUGCUGCCCUGGUGGUUACCUCCAGUCCCCUCUCCUGCAUCUCCUCUGCUGCCCUGGUUGUUACCUCCAGUCCCCUCUCCUGCAUCUCCUCUGCUGCCCUGGUGGUUACCUCCAGUCCCCUCUCCUGCAUCUCCUCUGCUGCCCUGGUUGUUACCUCCAGUCCCCUCUCCUGCAUCUCCUCUGCUGCCCUGGUGGUUACCUUCAGUCCCCUCUCCUGCAUCUCUUCUGCUGCUUUGUGUGGACUCCUGUAG